GCAACAGACGAACACAAGUACACGUGUUGCCUCCGUACUGUACUUCCGCGAAGGCCGUGAGUCGGAGAAAACGUGGUUUUACUCAUAACGAAUUCCACGAAGACAAUUACCGGCGUGACUCACACACCCCCUAGUACGGUGUAAGUAAGAGUGAAAUUCGUCAAAAGAGCGUCACGCCGAAUGGGAAGCGGUUGGCACUCAUAGAAAAUGGGAAGCGAAGGCGCAUGCGCGAUGCCACAGGCGGGAAGGUUGCUGUAGCCGUCGCCUGGGUGCUCAGUGUGUCAGCAGGCGACGUGGUGUUAGUGUGUGACCUACCGUGCCCUCGAGUGGACUUCAUUCACUCCUCUUGCCUCGGCGUGUCCACCCCUCCCCCCCUUGGCCUGUUCGAAGGGGGUGCUGGAUACACUGGAUAUUUUACCUCCCCAACGACCACGACAGUUUUCUUCUACACACAUAUAUAUUUUUUAAACCUCCCGUUUUGCUCGUCGUUGCAUUCGGGGUCGUGUGUGCUUCGAGGAUCUUGUGAUUAUUAAAAAAAAAAGAGAGAGAGAAAAAAAAGAAAGAGAAGAGAAAAGAAUUAUAACCCCCCCAAUCUCAUCUAGCGAAUCUAGCCAUUCGUGGAGAUCGAGAUACACGCAAAUAUAAGCCAUCAUUCUCUCCUCGAUAUUUUUUUUUUUUUUUUAAGUGUUGUGCCGGAUUUUUCACAAUUCGUCAAUGAUGUCUCAAGAUGAAUUCUUGGCACAGACCUUACCCUAGUGUUCCGGAGCAAGACAUCCGACACUACCAACAUCACUACGACCAGCCUCAACACCCACAGCAACAUUCCUAUCAAUACCAUCAAAACCUGCAACACAUUCACCACUAUCAACAGCAGCAGCAACAGCAACAGCAGCAGCAACAACAGCAGCUGAACUCUCUGGAGGGCGUGCACAGCGGAGUACCCACCCGUACCACGCCCACUUUGACGCCCACCACCCUCAGGAACAUCGAACAGACCUUUUUGGAACUGUCGAGUGUCCCUCAGCCCGAAACACAUACAAACCAGGCGGGCUUUGUGCCUCCGCUCGUCCAGCCCACAGCAAGCAGCACCUACAUCUCGGUGGACAGCAAGUGUUGGGGCGGCGGAACACUCACGCAGGUGCCGGCGCCGACUUCGUCCUCGUCUUCGUCAGCCUCCUCCGCGUCCUCAUCCACGGGCGUUGUGCAGGUACGCCCACAGUCGAGUCUCAUUUCGGCGAAUCCGGGACAGGCGCUGAACAUGCCCGCCCAGAUCCAGCAGGCCCCCGUCAGGAGGACUGGGGGGCGGAGACCCGUGAAGGACGAGAAGGUAAAUUUCGGACUGUCCCUGGAGGAGGAGGAGCGCCGCUCCCUCCGCCGCGAGCGCAACAAGCUGGCGGCCGCCCGGUGUCGGAAGCGGCGGCUGGACCAGACCAACACCCUGCAGGACGAGACGGACGAGCUCGAGGAGAAGAAGAACGGCCUGCAGCAGGAGAUCCAGCUCCUGCAGCAGCAGCGUGACGAGCUCGAGUUCCUCCUGGCCACCCACAAGGCCGUGUGCCGCCGCCGCCAGCAGAUGGCGUCCACGACGGCCAACAGCCUCACCAGCGGCACCAACACCACGACCGCCGCCGCCGUCGCCGUCAGCGCCUCCGCCGCUCACUCGGCCCGCCUGCUCAAGAAGGAGAUGCUGCUGGAGGAGGAGCCCGCGGUGAAGGAGGAGCCGAUGGAGCACGAGGAGGACCUCCGGCGCCCCAAGAGCGAGGGCAGCCUCAACCGGCCCAGCCGACCCACUAGCCUCAACGUAGCGCCCGUGGCCCUCCGCCCCCCCAGCGUGGCCGACCUGGGCGUGCCCAUAGAGACGCCCUCGGCGGGACUGCGCGGCCUUAACUUCGAGUCGAUGAUGGAGGGCGGCACCGGCCUCACGCCCGUCACCAGCGGCACGGGCCUCACGCCCUUGCACACGGGGCUGACGCCGCUGAGCACGCCCGUGGUGUCGGCGCCCGCCGUGUCGAGCGCGUCCAACAACUGCGGCUCGCAGCAGCGCUCGUCGUCCUCGGACCUGUCGUCGCCCGACUCCGUCCCGCCCAAGCUGGUGUCCCUUUGAGGCCCGCGGACCCCCGGCCCCCGCCCACGCCCCCGCCCACACCGCUACGCCCUGAGAUCCCUGACGUCUGGGCUGCGCCCAUCGACGAAUGCGAGUCCCUGACAUGCAUCCGUCCCUCGUGUCCCCGCGAGACGCCCUCGCGCGCCUCCGUUCCUCGGGCGCAGGGCGGAGGACCUCGCUGCUGGAGUCCUGACCGCUCCCGACGCCCGAGGCGCUUCUCCGGCCCCAAGCUUCGCUCUCACUUCUUCUCUAACAUCGGCCUUUUCGUGGAUUCGAGUAAAGGAACCGUUUUAUCGGAAAACACAUCUAGGAAACGCAGUGUUCUUUGUUAACAAAAUUCGGCCUUAUGAACAAACGUCAGAGAGGUUUCAGUGCUAGGUCUAAAUAAAAAAAGCAAUAUACAAACAUAUACAGGGAGGUAAUAAUGAUAUAUUCUUCGUUCAUUGUUAUUGAGUGUUUUAAUGUACCGAAAGAUCACAUAGUCGAUCUUAUGCCUUAAUGAAGCUAAUAAUUUUCUUUACUAUGCACUCAGAAAAAUGUAAAAGCAACUCCUUUUAUGCAAUUAAUAUUUCAUGAGUUCUCUACGCUAUGCACCUAUUGACAUGCAAAACGUUGCAAUGUAGGCAAGACUUCGAGAUGCUCUUUGCCUCGUCAGAGAGAAAAGAAAAAAAAUGUGUGUUUUUUCUUAUCGACUCCUCCUCUGCCUAUUUACCUCUGUAUGUUAUAGCAAAGCUUCACCAAAGACAAGUCACUAAUGUAAGUUGCAGGAUUUUUUUUUUUUUUUUUUAAGUUUAGAUUAUAUAAUUCUGACAUUACAAACGAGCUCCGGUUUGUUUGUCGAUCUCGAACUCACGCAAUCGAGGUGAGGCUGUACUUGACACGCAGACCGAAGCUCCGAAACAAAACUAUUUUUUUUUAGUUUUUUGAUGGAAAUUUCCAGAUUGGUCAUAAAGAAAUUUAAAAAAAUUGGAGAGAGACAUUAUUCAAGUUUACUUUUGUCAUUAUUCUUGUUAUUGUUAUUGUUAUUAUUUUUUAUUAUUAUUAUUAUUAUUAUUAUUACUGUUACAUGGUUAUUGUUAUCAUUAUUUUUGUAUUUUAUCAUCAUUUUUAUGUUAAAGAGAUGACGUUUAAUAAAAAAAAGAAGAGUUUAGCAACAGACCCCUUGUUCAAUGGGCUCAGAAUCUUGAAAUUUCUUCAGGAAAGAGACUGAGGAAGUGAGGAUGGUUAUUUUGCCAUAAUAAUUCACCAGUGGAAUACAAUAAUGUUUAUAUUAUGACUAGUCUAGAUUUCUUACAUUCAUAUGGUAGGAUUACAGUCAAAACUAUUUAUACCAGAGUAUUUAGAUAAGAUUUUACAAAUAAACAGAAUUUUAAAUCA